CCUAGCAUUAUUGUCCGAAAGGGAGUUCUCCCUUAAAGAUUUUUUAUUGCAAGUACCAAGUGCCUGAACUAUUGACGCCACCAGUAUAUUAGAUUGCGAGUUUAAUACACGCUUUCGCCGCAAAUAAGACAAAUCGUGCUACGUCACAAAAUGCCGGGGCCGCAUCAGGCAAAGUCGCCAAAAAGAGAGACAACGCUGCUCGAGGAACACAUUAUCGCAACUGAUGCUCAAGGCAUCAAAAACAAAGAUGGCGUGGUCAAUGGCAGCGGAUUGAAACACAGGACUUGCACACCAGCUAGCGACAUCAAAGAAAUUGGCCUCAAGCAACGCCUGCAAAUUAAAAUCUACAGCCAGGAGCAACAAACAUACAUCCAACACCCCACAGCCGCUCCUGUCUCUGUUGCAGCCGCCACUGUACACGCGCAUAGUGUCAAGGAGUGCCAUCAGCACCACAGACAGCCACCUUACCACCAUUAUUCCCAUUCAAGUGCACCCCACACCACCGGCCUGCCUGAGACCUCAUUGCUAGAUUUCCGCAAACACAAACACGGUCGCUACUUUUAUUUCCAGCCCCCUUCUGCUGCUGCCUCCACAGCUGAGUCUUUUACCUCAUCAGCUUCCGUUAUUUCUGUCUCUGAGAACAGCCAGGUGUAUUGCCACAAUAUGCCACAACACCCUUCAGAGUCAGCCCCAGCCUUAAAUGCCGCUCCCAUGCCCGCCUUUACUGAUAACAAGAUGUUGUAUUUCAGCCAGCCCUCUGUGCAGUCCCAGCAGCAGAUAAGCACAUUGUCCAGCGCCAGCAACGGAAAUUCAAACACUGCCCCGCAAACCAACUUUGCUUAUAAUAACUCCAAGUUUAAUUACAACCCUCCGACUCGCGCCGACAUUCAAUCCCUACACUCCACUAAGCACUCAGCACCAAUGCAUUACCAGCAGCAUCAGCAAUCAUUGCCCCCAGGGCCAACACCCAUGCCCCAGUAUCAAAACGGAUAUUACCAACAUCCACCAGCACCACGCGCAGGUCAAGCCUACCACAGUCCAGCAGCGGCAGCAGCUCAUAACAGCAGAGAGCCCGGGAUGCCGCUGUACAUGCGGCCCGGAAGGCUAUCAUUGUCGACAUCCACCUCGCCCACAGCGCCCAAGGGUUCCGGAUUUAUGCAAAUACCUGGCCGCCCGCUGACUGCUGAGGAAAAGGAGAUAAAACGUAAGGUGUCUCACUCGGCCAUCGAGAAACGGCGUCGUGAGCGUACAAAUUCCGUGCUGAGUGAGCUACAAAACAUUGUCCCAGGCCUGUCCAAGCCUGGAAAAAUCCAAAAGCUCGAGAUUCUUGAGGCUGCCGCCAAGUACAUUCGCCAACUUACCGCCAGCGCUGGGGUGCGGAAACAGACAAGUUCAAAACAGCAUCAUGGAUUGAAUAAGCACACGCUGCAGAUGCAGUGCCACGACCAGGGUUUUCAGGAGGGUUCGCAAGACUGCCACCACGAUUACCAGCCGCGGGUUAACCAACAUCAGCCAAAAACUUUUGACAAGUUUAGCCCAUUCCACUCGCACAGCAGGAUUCUAGGGCACGCUGUUUCUGAUGAGCCAUUAGACCAGCAGCACAUAGCUAUAGCCACGCCAACAUCUGUAUAUUACAAUAUGUCGGCAGAUGAGUCAACAGAUGAGGCCACAUCCAAUGCUCAGUCUAGGCCGCUUGCUGCCUCAUCAUCGUCGACAUCAUCAGCAUCGUCAACAUUGCCUGCUGACCCGUCUUCAAUGAAGGUCAACUUUCUUUUAUGCUGAAUUCCAAAAUAUGAACAAGCCCAGCAAAUAUUGUAUUUCUUCCAUCCACAAUUCCUUUAUCGAAUGUCGCUACUACACCAACAAAUUUUGCUUGCAUUGCACAUGAAAGCGACACGCAAUUGAGCAAUGUUUGGAAGGAAUGGCGGCGACAAUUUCCAAUUUAUCUACAUUUGUCGGUUGGAAUCGGAUCCAUACAUAUUUUCACGCGCUGGUAUUCAGCGUUGGCCAUUUGCACACUUGGAGAUAUUUGAUUCU